UCCGGUUCAUCCCGCCGGACGGCGGACGGACGCCACCUCCUGGGCGGUCCGGGAAAAACAGCCGUGUGUGUGGUGCUGUGGUGUAAAGCGACUUAGAACACAAGCACUCAAGUACUGCACUUCAAUACCAAUUUGAGAAACUAGAAGACAGGGAAGCUGAGCCACUCGUGGUCACACUGAGGGUCUGACGAGGGGCCUGACGUCAGGGGUCGUCCUGGUCGGGGAGCAACACGAGCCACCUGUGAGGAGGGAGGAGUCAGUCCCCCGGGAUAAAUUAAAGAGAGAGAGAGAAACAGUCAGUGAGAACAGAGACGGAAGACCAGGACACAUGAACCUCAGAGCCACCAGAACCUGAACCUCAGAGCCACCAGAACCUGGACUACAGAAACAUCAGAUCCGAGCUCCUCCUCCAUCAGUCUGCUGAUCUGUCAGCAUUGUCUGGCUCGCGAUGACUUCCUGUCUGUUGUCCCUCAUCCUCCUCUUCCCUUUUGUGUCCUUCAUCAUGGCUGCUGCCGAACCCGCCGGCUGCAAAAUUCGCAUCACUGACAGAGGACUGGAGAUGUUGAAGUCGGAGACUCUGAAGUUUGUGGAAGACGAGCUAAGUAACAUCAGCAUGCCAGAGAUGAUGGGCAAAGAAGGACGCUUCCAGUACACCAUCACCGAUGUGAAGAUCACAGAGCUGAAUCUGAAUCAUGCCGAUCUGCAGUUCAUCCCCGAAGUUGGAUUGUUGUUCGACGUUCAGAAUUCAUCGAUCACGCUGAGUUUUCACCGACAGAUCCUCUACUGGUUCUUUUACGACACAGGGAACAUCAACGCGUCGGCUGAAGGAGUGAACAUCAACACGGUGCUGAACAUGAUCAGAGACGACGAAGGACGGCUGAAGAUCAAUAACAUCACCUGUGACGCCAAAAUCUCCAAAAUGAAGGCAAAGUUCAGCGGGACGCUCGGGAGAGUUUAUGACUUCCUGUCCAGCUUUCUGACAACAGGCAUGCGCUUCAUCCUCAACCAAAAGAUCUGUCCUGCAUUGAAUCACGCUGCUCUGGUUCAUGUGAACUCGUUGUUGGAGACGAUCCCCGUGAGGUCGGAGGUCGAUCAGUUUAUUGGGAUCGAUUAUUCACUGAUUGAUGAUCCGGUGGUGACAUCCAGGAGCCUCGACAUGCACUUCAGGGGGAUGUUCUUCGACCUGUCCAAGCAGAACGUCUCCUUGGUGAACUACGCCAUCGACCCGGUGAUCAGAGAGUACGACAGGAUGGUUUAUCUCGCUCUGUCCGAGUUUUUCUUCGACAGCGGGAUGUUUUCUUACUACACAGCAGGAAUCUUCCAGAUGGACAUCAUCAACGACAAGAUGCCCAAAGACCUGGAGAUGUUGUUGAGAACCACCUACUUUGGAGCCAUCAUGAUGAUGAACCCGGCUCUGAUGGACGCUCCACUCUCUCUGCAACUUGCCGUCAACUCACCUCCGAAAACUUCCAUCAAGACUUCUGGAGCGACGGUAGUCAUGACAGCCAUCGUCAAGGUGAUGGUGUUGCCUCCCGGUCAGCCUCCGGUCCAGCUCAGCAGCAUGACAGUGGAAACGAAGUUUAACGCUAAAGUUUCUAUGAAGGGCAAACGUCUGGCUGUUCACGCUGACCUCCGCAGGUUUAAAAUCUUCUCCAAUCAAUCAGCGCUCGAGUCUCUGGCGCUGAUUCCUCUGCAGGUCCCUCUGAAGACCAUGCUUCAGAUGUCUGUGGUUCCUCUGAUCAACAACUGGACAAAGAGGGGGGUUCGGAUCCCUCUGGCUGAUGGGAUGGAUUUCGUUGAGGAGGUGGUUGAAUAUCACAACGGUUUCAUCGUGAUUGGAGCAAAUCUUCACUUCAGCAAAGGACUGAGAGAAAUGAUUGCUGGGGGCAACCAGACUGAGCCAGAUUCAAACACCAUCUAAAUACAUACUCAAGUACAUACAUGUAACACACACACGCACAAUGUAAAUUUACAGGACAGUACACUGCCUAAAUAUGUAUGACUUUAUUCUGUAUGCCGCACACACUCUUGUGUGUUGGUGAAUAUGUAUCGUCUGUAGUGCAUUUAUAUUGACUGUGGUAUGUGAAUAUAGUAUUGCGGUUAUACUGUAUAUGUAUAUGUUAUUAACAGUGUGAAUAUAAUUUACAACGCUGUCAUAUGACAGACUGUGUCAACAUACAGUAUAUAUCAGUCAACCUGUAGAUGUAGUAAUGUAUAUGAGACAUGUGCUGUAUGUUGACUGUCUGUGUACAUAUUACUACAUAAACAUUUACAUGUACGUGCUGGAUACACUGUAUGUUGACCCUGUGGGAACAUACAGCUGCACUAACACUGUAAACAGUCACUGACUCUAAACAACAACAUGUAGAUAAACGAGCGUUUCCAUGGCAACACUGCGUACAGAAACAGAAACCUGAAUCAGACGUCUGCCAGUUUGCCUGCAGGAAGUUGAACUGGAACGCAGAGUUUACUUCCAGAGCGGAACGGUGGCUGUGACGUUCAGCUUGUACUGCAGUGUGUGUUUGUGUUCACAGUAAAGUUACCUCGCGGUCAGAUAUCAGUCGCUUCAGGCCCACGUGAUGCUGAUUGGAGGAUCCUGAAUCUCUGCAGGAUUGAUUGGUCAAAACGAUGUGUUCACAGUGUGGUGUGUAAAUGCGUCACACGACGAUUAAAAUGGAAGACAAAAAUGACACUAAGAUGUGUUACGUUUUGUCAAGUAAAAGUACAGACUGAAGUCUGACAAAAACAUUUAUCACCAUUUAUCACCAAUUGAUUAUUGAUUGAAUUGAUGAACGUCACAUUUAUUGAUCAGUUUGACAGAUUUUACUCUCAUCAGGUAAAAAAAACAAAA